AUGGCAAGGCCCUUCCCCCCCGAAAAGCAAGAUCCCGAGCCGGAGUUGUGGUCGAGCAGUGAGGUCCGUGAUCUGCCCUCGGAAUCAUACCGUGAUGCCUCCCACCUCGAGGCUCAGCCAACCGACGGCCACCACGACAAGAUCGAACUCGAACGAAUCCACACAUACCGGCUCCAGCAACAGGCGACUGUCGGGUCGGCUCGUAGUCGCGCGCCCCGAGAAGACUGGCUGCCCAUGGGCGCCGGCAAGCCGUACCCCCCGGAACUCCCGCAUUCCGACGACUACGUUGUGGAAUUUGAAGGAUCGGACGAUCCCAUGCAUCCGCAGAACUGGCCGAUGAAGAGACGGGUUACGAUCGGCGCACUGUUGACGUUCUGCGCACUGGUCACGGCGUAUGCCAGUGCUGUCUUCGCAACCGCCAGCGACGGCGCCAUGAAAGAAUUCGGCUUCGGUCGAGAGGUUGCAGCGCUCGGGACGACUCUGUACGUGUUGGGGUUCUCGGCUGGUCCGACGGUCUGGGCGCCGGCGUCGGAGUUGAUCGGCCGGCGAUGGCCAUUGCUCGUCGGCAUGUUUGGCUUUGAUAUCUUCACCAUCGCGACGGCCGUCGCCAAGGACACGCAGACUGUGAUGCUGACGCGGUUCUUCUCGGGAUUCUUCGCGGCGAGUAUUAUUGCCCUGGUUCCGGCCAGUUUGUCCGACCUCUUCAACAACCACCACCGCGGCAUCGCCAUCGCCGUCUACACCAUGUCGGUGUUCACCGGUCCGUUUACAUCCCCUUUUAUCGGUGGCUUCACAGCCGCAAGCUACCUCGGCUGGCGGUGGACGCUGUAUAUCCCGGCCUUUGUGGGGUUCUUCAGUCUGAUUCUCAUGGCGUUGUUCUGUCGGGAGACCUAUGCGCCGACUAUUCUCGUGCAAAAGGCUGCCAUUUUGCGGCGGCAGACGAGGAACUGGGGGAUUCACGCGCGUCAAGCCGAACUGGAGAUUGAUUUCCGAGAACUCGUCACCAAAAACUUAGCCCGUCCAUUCAAGAUUCUGUUUACCGAGCCGAUUGCAUUUUGUCUGACCUUGUACAUGUCCUUCAUCUACGGCAUCGCCUACGCCUUCCUCCAAGCCUACCCGGUGGUGUUCGAGGGAACCUACGGCAUGUCCGGUGGUGUAAGUGGCCUGCCGUUCAUCGGGCUCAUUAUCGGUGAAAUGUCCGGCUGUGCCUUUGUGCUCAGUCUGCAGCGGUCAUACACGCGCAAAUUGCAGGCGAAUAACAACAUAGCGGUGCCUGAAUGGCGACUCCCGCCAUGUAUCGUGGGUGGUAUCGCAUUUGCUGGCGGUCUCUUCUGGUUCGGCUGGACGGGAUGGACCAAGUCCAUCCACUGGAUGGCGCCCACUGCAUCUGGGGUGGUUGUCGGGUUUGGGUUGACUUCCAUCUUCAUGCAGGGAUUCAAUUAUCUGCUCGACUCGUAUCUGAGCUUGUGA